CUUCUUCUGCGCCUUAGUCACCGCCUUCUUGGAGCCCUUUUUCGGGGCUGGAGCCGACUUGGCUGGUUCAGGCAUCUCAGCAAAGCACAAAAACCGCCCAACGAAAAAAACAGGUCUCGAAAUGACUGCUUACACAAAGAAAUUGUGGUCUUUUAUAGGCGGCCUAUGCAAAUAAGGUAUUGAAAAAUAUCCAGCUCUGAUUUGAUAAUAUAAGUGACGAGAGUAUGCAAAUUUACUUGCGUCACGUCUCCAUUCCUAUUGGUUCAUAGUCAAAGAUGAUUUUUAACCAAUCCAAUCUCGUAUUUGACUAUUCCAUUCAGCUCUAUAACUGUCAUCUUCUUGUUCUUCUUAGUACAUUUCUUUUCUGCUUUUCUUGUGGUUAUUUUGUCACUGCUGAGACUCAGUAUGUCUGGACGUGGUAAACAGGGCGGCAAAGCUCGCGCCAAAGCCAAGACCCGUUCUUCGCGGGCCGGGCUCCAGUUCCCCGUGGGCCGCGUGCACCGCCUGCUCCGUAAAGGCAACUACUCUGAGCGUGUUGGUGCUGGAGCGCCGGUGUACCUGGCGGCGGUGCUGGAGUACCUAACGGCCGAGAUCCUGGAGCUGGCAGGCAACGCGGCCCGCGACAACAAGAAGACGCGCAUCAUCCCGCGCCACCUGCAGCUGGCCAUUCGCAACGACGAGGAGCUCAACAAGCUACUCGGUCGCGUGACUAUCGCUCAGGGCGGCGUCCUGCCCAACAUUCAGGCGGUUCUGCUGCCCAAGAAGACCGAGAGCCACCACAAGGCCAAGGGCAAGUGAAACAUAGUUCUUAAUUUCUGCUUCCGGAACUCAAAGGCUCUUUUCAGAGCCACCCACUUUUUCUGGAAAGCGCUGAAACACUUCAUAAGUCCAGGAGACAUGUUUCAAUCCUUAAUAUGUGCUUGUGUUUUCAUUUUGUUUAUGCUAGUCUGAUAAUGUUUUGAGUUUAAAGAUGGAAAUCAGUUCCCAUGUUUACCACAGAUAUGGUCAAUUUAAUUGUUGGUCACUAUGCACCGUAGUCUUAAGAAUUUAUGAAGCUGAAUAAUGUCAUUCCUUUUUAGUGAAUGAUGAAAUGGGUUUAAGCAGAAAGGAUCUCUGUUAAAGGAAUUCUGUGUCAGGGCAUAAAUUAGGGCUUGUGGGCUCUAGGUGACAUGUAAAUGACAAGACCAUAAUGCCUCUUAAGAAGAUUGGAAUAUAUGUGCAGUAUAUAUGUGUAUAUACAAAUAAACUUGCUCUCAAACAGUAAAAUAUGAAUAAAUGAGAGAACAAAGGAAUAGCUGACCAAUGAUAUGUUAGGGCGGGCUUUUUAAAUUUGGAGGAUGCGAGCAUUAAUAGUGAGACAUUUUAUCCAUUGGUUAUUUCUCUUCAGAAAAAAAUGUAAUAAGUGAAGUACACUAAAAUCAAUACAACACGAAACCUUGCUGUUACGGACUCAAAGUGGACUAUAAGUGAAUAAAAUUUCGACUUAUAUUCAAUGCUAGUGGAAAUCCAGUUGUACUUCUCCAGAAGGAAACCUGAGAACCAAUUACAGCGGGGACACUAGGAACCAGACUGACCUGCUCUUACAAAUAAGGUCAGAAACAGCACAAGCACGGUAUGCUGUCCAGCCAGUUUCCUUUUCUGUUAUCAUCAUGGCUCGCAGUAAGUGAGGUGGGAAGCCCCAUUAAAAGACCAGCAGGACCCACAGGCAGGGCCACUACUUUAGUCCGGGGCCAUCUGUUUCCCCGGCCCGGCGGCAUUAUCUGACUUCUGUGCUUCUGUAAACGGCUUGCUUCUAGGAAAGUCACACUUAGCCCUAAAAUUCUAUUGGUUCCCAAAGCUCACGCUUGAUUGGUCCAUUUAUAACACCUUAUUUGCAUAUGGCGCGAACCUACUCGAAAACUAAAAUUGUCUUAAACCUUACAAAAGGGGUCCAGAGGGUGAAGUGUUCAUUCCUCUGGGUCCGCCGGCGUAAUAAACCUGACUUUUCUAACCA